AACGAAGCAACUUCUACACCAUCUGCACCACGCCUAUAACUGGCCGUCGCCCCUACGUUCGUCGACGACCAGUCCGUGUAAACUCUUUGCUAGACCAUCCUCAAACCACCCGUUACAGCUUUCAUAUUUGCCUACCAUGCCAUCCCAACGACGCAUGAGGGCGCUUUUAUACAUCGCCUUGGCCGGCUUCAUUACAUUACUCUUCUUCACCUCACGUGCCCGCCAUGCACAAGAGCCCGACCCCCGCUCGAUCCAAGAUUUUUACCACAAGACCAAAAGUGCCAUGGAAGGGUCAAGGAUAGGCGGCGGCAGUAGGAGAGGACAGGCGGUGGUUGGGACACAAAAGGUCGAGUUUGACGAGGACGAUGCGAUCGUGGCCAAGGCAAUGCAGGAGCGUCUCAGGAAAGCAGAGCAGAUGGCCAAGAGCAAUGCCAACGCAAAGGCCCCCAACAAGCCCGACGAUCCGGAAGCUGUCGUCGGCGUUGGCAGCUCGGCCCAUGGACAGAACCAUCUCGGCAAGGGAGACUCCGUCGAGACCGAGGAGCACCACGCGAUCCUCGAGGAACUUAGGAGCAUUCUCAAGAAGUCACCAAUCAUCAUUUUCUCCAAAAGCUAUUGCCCGUACUCGAAGAAAGCGAAGAGCCUUUUGCUGGGUGACUACCAAAUCGACCCUGCGCCCUUCGUCGUCGAAUUGGACCAACACCCAUUGGGCCCCGGAAUCCAGGCUGAGCUCGGCGACAGGACAGGAAGGAAGACAGUUCCCAAUAUUCUCGUCGGCGGGAUAAGCAUAGGAGGCUCCGACGACAUUGCCAAGCUCGACCAGGAGAAAACGCUGAUCGAAAAGAUCAUGUCACUAGCGGGGAAGCGACUCACAGUGACGAAGCACUCCAAAUCGACUUAGGAUAUCGUGGCGCCAUAACGGCAUUUCGGCCCGAAAGCAUGUAUCGAUAGUCGGAAGGACGAAUUAAGACGCAUUUUACCGCAUGACACGGCGUUGUUGGUUGUUUAUAAGGCCAACCAAAUUCCCGCCAGCUACAGCCAAAGGGUCGCCCUGAACACCACAUUUCUAUGCG